CUCGCCAUGGAGCCCCUCACCGAGCUCAGCCAGGAGGGCGCGGGCGGCGGGGAGCCGCCGGGCGACGGGCCGCUCUGGACCGCUGUCUUCGAGUACGAGGCGUGCGGCGAGGACGAGCUGAGCCUGCGGCCGGGGGACGUGGUGCAGGUGCUGUCCCGGGACUCGCACGUGUCCGGCGACGAGGGCUGGUGGACGGGCAAGAUCGACCAGCGCGUCGGCAUCUUCCCCAGCAACUACGUGAGCAGCGGCGUGCAGGGGGGCGGCGCGGAGCUGCGCGCCCGAUACCCGCCGCCCCCCGCCAUACAGCUUCUAGAGAUCGACUUCUCAGAGCUUGUUCUGGAAGAAAUCAUUGGCAUAGGGGGCUUUGGAAAAGUGUAUCGAGCUCUGUGGAUAGGAGAUGAGGUUGCUGUCAAGGCAGCUCGCUAUGACCCUGAUGAGGACAUCAGCCAGACCAUUGAGAAUGUUCGCCAGGAGGCCAAGCUCUUUGCAAUGUUAAAACAUCCCAACAUCAUUGCCCUCAGGGGUGUGUGUUUGAAGGAACCUAAUCUUUGCCUGAUCAUGGAGUUUGCCCGCGGAGGAUCGCUCAACAGGGUGUUGUCUGGUAAAAGGAUCCCUCCUGACAUACUGGUGAACUGGGCCGUGCAGAUUGCCAGGGGAAUGAACUACCUGCACGAGAAAGCAAUUGUUCCCAUAAUUCACCGUGACCUCAAGUCCAGCAACAUACUGAUACUCGAAAAGGUGGAAAAUGGAGAUCUGAGCAACAAGAUGUUGAAGAUCACGGAUUUCGGCUUGGCCAGGGAGUGGCAUAAAACUACCAAAAUGAGCGCAGCUGGGACAUAUGCCUGGAUGGCUCCUGAGGUCAUCCGCUCUUCCAUGUUCUCCAAAGGCAGCGAUGUUUGGAGUUAUGGUGUGCUGCUCUGGGAACUGCUAACAGGAGAAGUACCAUUCCGAGGAAUUGAUGGUCUUGCAGUAGCAUAUGGUGUUGCCAUGAAUAAGCUUGCCCUUCCAAUCCCUUCCACCUGUCCUGAGCCUUUUGCCAAACUCAUGGAAGAUUGCUGGAACCCUGACCCACACUCACGACCUUCCUUUGCCACUAUCCUAGACCAUCUUACUGCCAUAGAAGAGUCUGGGUUUUUUGAAAUGCCCAAAGAUUCCUUCCACUCCCUGCAGGAAGACUGGAAACAGGAGAUCCAAGAGAUGUUUGAUCAGCUCAGAGCCAAAGAAAAGGAGCUGCGCACAUGGGAAGAGGAGCUGACUCGUGCUGCUGUUGAACAGAAGAACCAUGAGGAGCUGCUACGAAGGCGGGAACAGGAACUGGCAGAACGCGAGAUUGACAUCCUGGAAAGGGAGCUCAACAUCAUCAUCCACCAGCUGUGUCAGGAGAAGCCUCGUGUCAAGAAACGCAUGGGGAAGUUCAAGAGGAGCCGGCUCAAGUUAAAGGAUGGCAAUCAUAUCAGCUUGCCUUCCGAUUUUCAGCAUAAAUUCACUGUGCAGGCUUCUCCAACGAUGGACAAAAGGAAAAGCUUGAUCAGUAGCUGCUCCAGCCCUCCUGCAAGUCCUACCAUUAUUCCCAGACUCAGGGCCAUACAGUUGACACCUGCUGAAAGCAGUAAAACAUGGGGACGAAGCUCAGUCCUUCCAAAGGAGGAAGGGGAGGAAGAAGAGAAGAGAGGCCAGAAGAAAAAGGGACGCACUUGGGGACCAAGCUCACUUUGUCACAAGGAGCUAGGUGCAGGAGAAGAGGGUCUGAAAGCUCUGGUAGAAGGAUGCAAGCAGUGGUCAUCCAGUGCUCCAAAUCUUGGAAAGAUCCAGAGAACUGCACCUGCUUUUCCAGGAUUCACCAGCUUAGCAGAGAUGGAUGAUGAGGACAGCGAAUGUUUUAACGGAGAGGGCAAAGUGCACCCUUCACCUGUGCACAAUCAGUCAUACCUCUGCAUCCCAUUUCAGAAGAAUGAAGAGUGGGAUGGCCCUUCUAGUGAUGCCAAUGAGGAGUCCACCCCUGUAAACUCUGCUACCAGCACCCCACAGCUGACACCCACCAACAGCCUCAAACGUAGCAGCUCGCACCACAAGCGAUGUGAGGUCGCAUUGCUUGGCUGUGGAGCAGUGCUGGCUGCUGCAGGCCUGGGGUUUGAUCUGUUAGAAGCAGGGAAGUGUCAGCUGCUGAUUGAGGAGGAGCCAGAGAUGCCCAAGGAAGAGAAGAAGAAGCGCGACAGCAUUUUUCAGCGAGCUGGACGCCCGCGCAGGAGCACUAGUCCACCUUCCCGGAAGAUCUUCAAGAAGGAUGAUCCCCUGUUGUUGCUAGGCGAGCCAUCCACGUCCCUCACCCUUCUUUCCCUGUCUUCCAUUUCCGAAUGUAAUUCCACCCGGUCCCUGCUGCGCUCAGACAGUGAUGAGAUUGUGGUUUAUGAGAUGCCUGUCAGCCCAGUGACAGUCAAGGCUCCCUUGCCAGCCAUUACAAACCCACUGGUCAAUGUCCAGAUCGAGAGGUUCAAACAAGACCCCAACCAGUCCCUGACUCCCACACACGUGACGGUCUCUUCCCACACCCAGCAAAGCGGACACCGGCGCACACCUUCUGAUGGAGCCAUCAAAGGGAGUGGACUGGUUAUCAAUGGGUGCCCAACCAGUGGAUGCCCUUCCAGUAGCUGUUUGACUGGAGCACUGGGAGCAGGUGUAUUAAAAACACCUAGUCCAAGCAGAGAUCCCAGUGAGGUCCCUCGCCUGCCAGACCCCAACCUUGUUUUUCCUCCAACCCCGAGACGAUGGAAUGCACAGCAGGACCCCACACUGGAGAGACCCAAGACAUUGGAGUUCCUGCCCCGGCCACGUCCCGCAGCCAGUCGGCAGCGGCUUGAUCCCUGGUGGUUUGUGUCACCCAGCAAUGCCAAGGGUGAAUCUUCUGCCAACAGUUCAAGUACUGAUACUCCAAGCAAUCUAGACUCUUGUUUUGCUAGUAGCAGCAGCACUGUAGAAGAGAGACCUGGGCUGCCUGCACUGCUUCCUUUCCAGGUGGGUCCUCCUGCAGAGGAGCGGACACUGUUGGACAUGGAUGCUGAGGGGCAGAGCCAGGACAGCACCAUUCCGCUAUGCAGAAGUGAACUUAACACACACAAAGCUGCAGCAUAUGAACUCAAGCAAGAAUUCUGGUCUUAAUAUGAAACCACUGGGGGCAGUGAGCCCCUCUAGAUUCAAUCCUACUUUUUGCACUGAGAAUGCACUUUGGAAACAGAUGAGAUGGAGGGAUGCUACAGAGAUCAAAUGGUGCUGCCUCGGCUGAAGAUGUGUUGUCAGCUGCCUGAUUUUUGUCUGCAUUUGGGUGAAACUUGGCAACUCUGAGCUGCUGACUUUUGCUGUGGGGUUUUUCUGUAGUCUUCCCUGCCCUCUUGUUGCAGUUUGAAUCUGCAAUGAGCUAAAAUUAUCAUAUCAAAGUCUUUUGUUACUGACCUUGUAGGAUUUGGCACUUGCAGAACGGGAGUAGUGUCCUUCCUCUUCAUAGCAUGCUGUUAUCUUAAGACAUUGUGGACAGUACUGCAUAGAGAUGUUACUUCGAUAUGCCACAAGGCUGGAUACCUCUCAUUCUGUUGAAGGUGAGGCAGUGAUGGUCAAGUAAAGAAAGGUCUUUGCCUUUGGAGUGUUUUGUUAAAUAAAACAUGACAGGAAACCUCCGACCUUGAGUCGCCUUUCUAUCGUGAGAUUAAUUUUUAUUUGAAACCUAAUUCAUCUCUGUGGGAUGAAUAUGGGACCUGGAGUCUCACUGGAUAUAUGGAACCAAACCUAUUCCUGUGUCCCAAAAUUCAGUGAUAGUCUGUUAUUUUUGCAAGUAAUUUUAAGCUAAUGUAAAUAGGUUUGUUUCUUUCUUUUUUUUUUUUUUUUUUUCUAAUAAUGUUGCUUCUUGGAAAACAUGCUUAUUGCUUUCUACCUUUUCCCAUGCAUUUUGGAGAUACUCUCAAGAACUCUUAUCAACUCUAUGGUGAAUAAGAAGAGUUAUAUCUUGCAGAGUGUUUCAAGUCCUCCUUUUGGUUUAAAUCAUCCUUUUGGCUUUGUUUUUUUUUUUUUUUUUAUGAAACAAUGACAUUUACAUUUGGAAAGAUUUCUGAUCCUUAUCCUGUCACUGAAGAACAAUUUCUUAGCUUCCAUGUUUAGAACUUUUUUAAGACUACGAUUUGGAUAAAACAGGACAUUAAAAGUGAGGGGAUAGACAUGUGGUAAAACAUAUUUGCAAAUAAGCAAUAAAUACAGCAAAUACGAGAACCAAAAUAUACUCUCACUGUCACAGAGUGUAACUUUCAGAUUUCAUCUUUGGUUGAUGACAUAAUUGAGGUAUCUAUAGGAAAGAAUGCCCUCUUAUGCUUUUUCUUAAGUUUACAAUUUUAAUACUAGAAUACAGUGGUUUGCACAGCCAGAUAAUAUGGUAGCUAGCUGGACAGAAAGGAUCUUUAACCAAAUUUGCUCUUUUUUGUCCUCUUAUUUUCAAUCCAGUUUUUGGUUUAAGUUUUAUUUUUUUCUCUUUUUUUUUGGUGUUUAACAAACAAUACAGUCUUAAGAAGAACUUACUGUUUUUAACCUCACUUUCAUGGUUUCAUGAGGCAUUAUGGAAAUGAACCUUUGGCUUAUUCUGGUGCUCCCUCUAUUGAACACAUAAGUAGAAAGUCAUGCAGUAGUUAAAAUGUGCAUUUGCUUUUGGUUUUUCCCCUGCUUGGCUGUUUUAAACAGUUUUGCCACUGGUCACAGGUGAACACAACUUCUGAAAUUACCUAUAUCAGCUUUAUUUUUUAAUGUUGGAGGUAGUCGCUCCCAGGCUAAGAGGUGUGUGCUUGAUUAACAAGUAACUUGCCACUGGUGGCUGGGUAGUGGGUCUGAUGUAGCUACUGGAAUUAUUGUUCCUUUCUAACAAGGACCCCAUUUUUUGCAACUGGAACGUCUUCAGCACUUCAUCAACAUCUGUGUAAAGGAAAUACAUUUUAGCUCCUUUUGUACAUAAGUGAAAAAUCUUCCAUUUUCUGAUCAGGAACAACAUUUUACAACUGAGAAUGGCUUCUUGAGCUCUGUGGUUUUGUUUGUUAGUUUUCUGUUUGGUUAUAUUGUUUAUUUUGGGUUUGGUUUUUAAGUCUCUAAUAUAUGUAUGUGUUAGGUGCAUCCUGUAUGCCGAGGUGCCUUCCAUCUCACAUAUCUCCUUGCUGUGGCCUGAAGCUGGUUUAUUGGAGGGACCUCCUAGUUGUGGCUUUCAGUACUGUGUUCUCUGCACAUCAGGCCAAAUACCAUCACAGGAAAAGCUUUGUGUCCUGCCAUUUACACCCUGUGCUGAGCUGCUAUCACUGCCUCUCCCUUUUUCUCCAUUAGGGUUUUGGCCCUGUCCCAUCUUUGUUGGUUAUUUAUUCUUGUUGCCAUAGUAACAAGCAUAAGGCAGAAAACCACACACGUUUCAUGUGUGCUUUGACCUAAAAGAUUUCCAAGCUAAAAGCAUAAGAUACAACUAGGUGAAGUGGAAAUGGAGGUUGGCAGGAAAUAACAGUGAAAUUAUCCUUCUUCAUGUAAGUCAGAGGACAGAGGGAUACUAGCUACAUGGUAAACUGUUGGCAUCAUAGGUAAGUUGGGUCCUAAAGAAGAAUUCGAGGAAUGUACAGUUAAUUUGAUAGAAUGGUUUGGGUUGGAAGGGACCUUAAAGGUUAUCUAGUUCCAGUCCCCCUGCUAGGGGCAGGGACACUUUCCACUGUAUGAGGUUACUCUAAGCCCCAUCCAACUUAUCCAGUUUCUGGUUGGUUUGUUUUGUUUUACCCUGAACUACCUCAUUUGUAGAGAUAGAAUGGGCAGAAAGUCAAGGUUUUGGUAAGAAUUGCUUUAAGUAUGCGGUUAAGGUUGGAGUGAGAUGAGAAGGCAGAGGCAAACUUGUAUUUGGCUCUUUGACAUGCUGAUUCCUGAUAGAAAAUUGAAACCAGCUAUUCAGUUUAUUAAGUCAAGAUUAUAUUUGCUAUAGAUAUUUAUAUCUCCAAAAUAAACAAUAAAGGACAAAGCAGGGCAUUUUUCUUGAUGAUUUCUAACAUGUGGAAUAGUUGAUUGUCCAGAGACAAAAAGGUGGAGAUUUCAUAUUGAUCAUUACUGCUUUUAAAAGUGAUAGUUUCUUUUUUCAAAUCAGAAAACAGUGGGGGUUUUUAAUAAUCUAAUGUGCUCUUAACGUGGAGCUGUACACAACCCUGAUUGUUUUCCUGUAUUUGCAGUAGCGUUUUCCUAGUGUAUCAGCUCCUAAUACGGUCCUCACUGUAUCUGAAUGCUAAUAAUGUGCAGGCAGCCCAAUAGAAUUAAUGUUAAGGAACUAUGACACAUUUUUGGUGUGCAGUAUAGUGGAUUUAUUAACCCAGCUUGAAGUGGGCUACUGUUAGGUCUGUAGUUGAUGGGUCAGAUGUAUGCACAGCUAGAAAAAGGGGGCUUAGAAGACAUCUAUAGGAGCAAUGCCAAAGUUCUAUUUGCUUAAAAUAAGCAAUUUGAAAAAGAAUCAUGGCGGGAGGCAGGGGGAAGCCCUUCAUUAAUCAGAAAUCUGUAAGAUCUUGUCCAUGCUGAAAUUUUAGUUGCCAGGAUAGCUAGUGAGAAUCUACAUUGUGUUCAAUGUGGCCAAAAUCUCAACAUUAAGACAAGAAUAAUUCAUUUUAUAUAUGCUUUUUCAGACUGAUUAACAGUGUCUCCCAUUCUACCUUGAUUGUGUCAAUUCAGCAUUUCUCUCAAGAAAGGUGUUGAGGUUGGAUAAAGCUGGCCUCCUUGUCUUGGAGAGGCAUAUAGGUCUGUGUGAGAAGAAACGUGACUCUAGCUGAUCUUUUGUGUCUUGUGAUCUUAGCUGGAGAGGUUAUAAUGGUGCAGGAAGAUGUGCUGGCAUUUUUCCAAGCUUCAUUGAUAAGAAUGCUGCUAGCAGCAAUAAACUUACAGAACAAACCUGGCCUCUGAUUACUGUUUGGCAUAGAUCAGUUGCACACUGAGCUUCUUGAGUCUAACUAUAUCUGGAGGUGAACGCAGCUUCUUCCAUGAGUUCUGCUGGAAUAUGUGAAUGUGGCCACUUCUCAGCUUGAGUAAUUUGUUUUCUCCUGGUUUCAGUCAAUGUCACUGAAUGGUCACCCUCAACUGAUUGCCCAGAUACUCAUAGUAGGCUUGUUCUUCUCUCCUGCAUGCUUUAGGGAGCAGCUCUUACAAUAUCAACAGGGUUAGCAUUUGUACCUGAGCAGAGCAGCUAAUAUCUCUGAGCUGACUUCUCACACUGCAUCUCAAGCAGUUGUUACUCCAUCAGUUCUGCCAUUGCUCUGUUUUCAAGGUUAUCUUGACAACUAUAAUAUCCAGUUACCCUAGACUGUAAAGAAUAUAGCCACAGGGAAAAAAAAGUAAAUAAAAAAGAAAGCAUACUUAGGAGUGUUUGCCAUUUGAACUGGUUGAAUUUGGCCAGUGCUGUUGGCAGAGAGUAGGAUUCAUUCCUUUGCAACAUAGAUCUCUCUGGGGGAUAGCGGGGUUUGAACUGCAGAAUUUACCUAGAUCCAUCUAAAGUCCAUAGGCACUGGUGCCUGUCAUGUUUGGCAGUUACAAGAAGAUACCACAUAAAUCCAAGAGCGUCUAGUAAUAAAAGUUUGUAUUUAGGGUAAUUAACUUUCAAGUUAAAAGGGAAGAGGCCUCAAUUCAGAAAUCUCUUCAUCACAUACUUAAACAUCACUGAAGUCAGUGGAAUGUAUUCAUGGGUCAAAAUGCACACGACCCAAGUUGAGCAAAGCUCUUUUAAUCUGAAUUGGGAGGUUGUUGUCCUAGAGACUGAUGGUGAAGGACCAGGUUCUUACCUGGGUUGUCAGAGUAAGGAGUCAGUUAACCUGAGGAAAAAGUUCCUCAACAAGCCCCUGGGGAAAUGCUGGUUUGAUUGCUGACUCUUGUGGCCUUUCCAUGGCUGUGCAUGCCAUGCCUAUUUGACUGCUACUUCUAACCAUAAGCAGGGUAAGCUUUGAGAAUGUUUUCUGACAUGGGGUGAAAGAGCGACAAUUUGUGCAUUAGCAGAUUGCUAGCUGUAAAGGGACAGUAAGUGUGACUGGAGGCUGUGUGUGCAAAUGGCAGUUUAAGCUGAGGCCUAUUCUCAAGGGUUUUGUCUCAUUUUACAAAUGCAUCCCUCCAGCCUGGUGGACAGACCUGACAAGUUCAGCAGUGAUCAACAUCCACCAUUUUACUAGGGUUCUAGGAUUCUUGACUGUCAGGUGUUGGCACAGCACAUUGUGCUGCUAUAUUUGAUUUCUUUCUCAUAAAUUCAGGACAAGCUGGAAAUAUCUGAGAUAUUUUGCCUGACUUAAGUUGAGAGGCUUAUAUGGAGUGAGCAAGCAACAGUGGUGGAAAAAUCAGGGAAAAUACCUGUGCUUUUAACAAUGUCUCUUCUGUGGCUUUGAAAAUCCAAGAAUUUCUCAGCCAGAGAAUGUAUUCCCUCCUUCUUUUUAUAAGCUACUUCUUUCUUUUGCCUUAUUAAUUGUGGAUCUGCUCCUGCUUCUAUUUCAAGCCAGAUGCAAAAAUUGGUGACCUGACUUUCCAAGGUACAAUGUUGUAAAUCUGAAUAACCAGGUGAGUAGUUUUCUCUAGUGUGAGAUCAUGCCCCCAUGUCUGAUCCUUUGAGAUAUGGGAUAGUUCCUGCUUGUGUUGAAAUCAAUGUGUAGAGGGUGUUGGGUACUUCAUAAGGAACUCCAAACUCUGUAGGACUGGGAUCCAUCUUACAGCUCAAGUAUUUCAGUCUGGUUUUGGAGACCUCUGUAUGUCUUCUCUCCCGUUUAUGGUGUUCAAAAGUCUGUUGCUAUAGGAGUAGCACCUGAAGGUAUGUUUUGCCCGGAGAACCUGCAAUGAAGCAGUUACAUUACCAAAUGGCAAUGUACCCCAGAAUUGAGUAAAAUAACAGAGGCCACCAAGUUUUCCUUGUUUGUGUGAUGAAAUGUUGUCAAAUUAAGUGAUUUGUUGGAGCCUUCCUUUAACUUCUGUACAGCAGUAAGCUUAGAGGAAAAGAAGAUUGCAUUAUUUUUUAAAAAGCUUUAUUUGUGACCUGGACUUGUUGCCUCUGACCCUCUUGGGCUUAAAUAGUUAAAUUAUAUUAAUGUCCAUUUUGUUUCACUGUAGGUAACACAUCAACUGAAUACUCUUGUGCAUAAUCUACUGUAUCUUUCCUCUGUUCUGUGUCAAUGUAUUACGUGUAUUUGGACUACAGUUCUUUUUGUAUUAAAUUAUUUUAUGUUAUAGACAAUAUUUAAGUGAAGCAAAGAGCUAAUGGAAGUUGUUGACAUUUUGGGAUUUCUUUUCUCUUUGCUCUUUUUUUGGAUGUACUGUAAAUUGUAAACCAAGGAUGCCAAGCAGGCUUGGUUCAAUGGCUAAAAUUAUUGUAUUACAGUGUAAUGCUGAUCUAGGCCUUGUCUCAACACUAGAGCACACAGACUUGAAUAAAACUGUUAUAAAAGUGA